AUGCUAACUAUAUAUGAUAAUACUUGGUGGGUACAUCAUGAAAGUGAAUCAAAAGUAUUUGUCAAACUUAUCGAUCGUGGUGAUGAAACUGUUGUUCAUACAUCAGAAUUAUUACAAAUUAAUAAUAAAUUUUCUAAAAUAGCGGCAUUUGUUCAACUAUUUCGUUUACAAGGUUAUGAUGAAUCAGUAAUAUAUAUAAAUAUCAAUUUAAUUUAUGGAUUUGGAUAUGCAUUGGUCAAUCCUGACUAUCAUGACGAAAAUCAAAAAGUAAUUGUAAGAUCUCAUGAAUUUGAAUCAUUAUUUCAUGAUCCUUCUAUAUCUAUUAAUGCCAAUUCAUUAAAUAGCAUUCAAAGCUCUGUGAUAGGGUUAUCUUUAAGUAACGCUUUUGGAGUUUAUGCUGAAUUUAGUUCUAAUCAAGAUGUAAUUGGAUAUUCAGUAACUGAACUUCAUGUGAAGGGAACAUGA